CGGUGUAUGCGUCAGUGUACCAAGAGUGGUGGGAGGCCCAGCACUGACGAGGUUGUUAGCAACUGAAAGUCACGCGUAUCUUUAAGCCAAUGUAUUCAUAUUUUACAAAGGUUUUAAGUUGCCCUUGAGUCGAUAAAAUAACAAGAAAAUUUUAUUUUGAUUAUUUGAGCAGCGAGAACGUUUUGGGUAUAUUUUUUAAUGAUAUAAACACUCACUCUUUGGAUUGAAAAAUUUUCGACGUGUCUUACAAAUGUAGGAAACUAAACGUUACUGAGACUUUGUUCUUUACGAGUGUGUUAUAUUACCUUUGAAAGAUACAAAAUCUUAAUGUGAAAAUUUUAUAUUCUGAUUACGAAAUACUGAGUUUUUGUUCUCUAAAAAAUUAAAAUGGAAUAAUUUUUACAAAGAGUGAAACUACAAAAGAGGAUGACCUAAAAAAAAAAUGAGAAAAUUCCGAGUAUGUGGAAUUAGUAUUUAAAUAUCCUAGUGUUGUGCAAACAAUGUCUGUAAACCAGACAGAAGGCAAUGGCGACACGAUUAAGUUCACCUAUGUCUACAUGACCUUCAGUGCGGCAACUCUUGCAGAGUGUCUGUUGGCUGGAUAUGUAACCUUCCUUAACCGAGACUUGAGGAGGAAGCUCUCUUUCUGGUUCUCCAGCUCUCUUAUGGUUAGCAUCGGGAUAUUCUCGUCUCUCUCCUUUGUCUAUGCGAUAGUCUUAGUCUCGACACCCAUAUUACUGGAUAAUGUUCCAGCUAACUGCCAGGUUAAAUUAGUGCAGAGGUACUUGAGUGCUGUGUGUUGCCUCAACAUAACUUGCUUAGCACUUGACCGAUAUGUGGCCAUAUGUUGGCCACUCCGUUACAACAACAUACUAACGGAAGCUCGUUGUCGCCAGCUGUGCAUUGCCUGCUGGGUGUCACCUAUUGUUUGUUUAAUGUUGCCCUGCGUGAACAUUUUGACAACAAUGUGUUCGAAAAAAGGCAAAGAUUUAAAUUUUCUGGUGGCGUAUAGCGUAGUAUACAGUAUCGGGGCUUUAGCGACUUUCAUCUUUUAUAUCCUGGUGGCUCUUGAGUUUCGGCACGAGUUUCGUGGCCAGCCUCAUGACGAAAAUAAGGCGACAACUGAAGCACUAGUGCGACGCAAGACGGCUAAGUCGGCUCUCCAAGUCUUCAUGUUGUAUACAGUCCUCUCCGUACCCCACACAUUAAUCCCGCUGUUCUCGAGGAUACUGCCGGUGGCGAAAUGGAUGGUACUGGGCAGCCACCUGGUACACCGUCUCCAUCUCCUUCUCUUCCUGCCCAUGUACUCCCUCGCCAGCAUCUCUUUCUUCGCCUCACUCAAGGCCUUGGGCCUUCAUUUAUGGCGAAAAGUAACUUGUGCCACCGACAGCUUACAGCAGAUGUCACCAACUGAAAUGAGUUUCGCCCAUGAUUCAACAGUUGGAGGUUUGUAGCUGCCUCGGAGACCUGGUGCUCAGCUCCAGAUGAUUUACACCGAAUAUUCAAUCCAAACCCAUGCACCAGUACGCUCGUGUUUCUUUUAAGAUGUGCUGUUGUCAGUUAUAUGCCUCAACAGUUGUAAACAGUGAGAUAUUUUUUUCUUUUUCUAACUCUGUUAAGCAAAGAAGUUGAAAAAAAAUAUGUUAAGUAAAUAAUGGCUGAAUAUCAAGAUUAAGAAGUCGAUUAAAGUUUCCUAUAAUUGAAAUUGCAUGAGUAGGUCAUGUUUUGGUGCAAAAAUGGUGAUUUAAAAUGGAAUACUAACUGUGAAAAAUACAAACGAAAUUAUAAAUUACUUGGUAAA